GUUUACCGCGAGACCAUGUAGAGACAAUAAUCAAUACCGCCGCGGUGAGUGUUUUUGCUGCAGUCACUGUUGAAAAUUGUGUUAUCAAAAUAUGAAUCCGUGUCAUGGGAUGCUCCUCCUCAAGUACGGCUUCAGAAGACACGCUGCACGUGAAUACUCCUGUGCGACACAUUGGAUUACCGGAAGUAGCUUUCGAAUUACAGGACACUGCAGCGAAGAUCAUAGAAACUAUUCCUCAAGCUUACCAACGACUGGACGAGGAGAUAUGUGCCCGUGAGAGUGCUUGUCCUGGGCCGCGACUGCUAACGGCGGAAGCCUGGGUAGAUCACCUGCGUACGAACGUCGCGUCAUCAAACGGCUAUGACGAAAUUCUUCUACCUAGCAAUAAACUAGCACUCGAUGUGAAAGUUAUCGACUUUCCAAACGCUACACCCAAUGGAUCUUCCAGUCCAACAGAGUUACAAAACUCCGACGGUGCCAGAGAUGAUAUCGCCAAGGUUCGUCGUCUAGCCUUAAAAAUGGGCAUCGCCCUGGAUCCUACGAAAGCGGCCCGUCAGGAGGAGUUUAUGGCUCGUAUUUCCCGCUCUGCAAUGGAUUUCGAGGCGGAAAGUUUCAACACGGAUAUGAUUGAGCAUGCAAGACUUCGAGCACUUAAAUUGCAGCAGAGUUUCGGUCAGCUUAAGCUAUUAUAUUUAGAACUGGACAAUCUGAUAGCAUCCGUGAACAAUGGUACGUACAGUUCCCUAAGGGAACAGCAACUGGACAGCGAACUGGAAAAUGCUCGUGAGGUGCGUGAUCGUUUGGGAGGGGUUUCCGAGCAGUGGCGAACGACCGAUUUGUUGAUGCGAGCUUCUGGCAAGGGAAUUCAGCAAGCAGUUGAAUAUUGGAACAGUGUUGGGAAGUCGCACAAUGCAGUAGAAAAAAUUGACCAAGCAUUAAACUGCAGGACUGCUUGCCAUGGUUCGCUAAUAUCUCUUCAAGCAGCCUUAGCUGCACUGCCACAGGUUGAAAUACCCUUCAUUACCUUUAGACAGCAAUCUGCCGUGAAGCAUGCCCUAAUCUAUAUGCUUACUGAUAUGGCGAAUCCGUCACGGUAUCAACACACCAAACAUGUCUUAGAAGGAUUCCUAUGCAAUCUAGAGAGGGCAACGCGUUGGGUUCACGAUACCUACCAAGAAACUAUGAAAAAAGACCUUAGCGAAGCUGAUCAAUUGGUUGUGUCAAUUGCUGCAGAAUUACGGGAGAUAAGAAGACAAUACAUGAGCCAACGAAUGGGAUCUAAAGUUUACGUACGACCUGUUAUACGCAAGUGAAUGGAACAUAUCAUUUUAGAUAUUAAUUUAUUUACAAUAAUAAAGCAGUGAAAGUAAUGCAGAAACAAUUAGCUAUCGUUUUUCUCGAUGUGCAACGUUCGAGGCUGUGACUGUUUACAUUCGUAGUCGUCCACACAGCGGACAGGUUUGUACAAUGAGCGAACCCAGGGUGUUAGUAGAACCUCCGGGACAGGUUCUGUCUGACCACCCGUAAGAACGCUAACGAUGGUUCCGGAAAUCACGGCUAUGACCGUACCCAGCGCCGAAUAGUACAUAAA